GUUGGCAAUUCUUGGGCCUGAUAGUGUUGUGUUUUAUCUUUCAUUUUGUCAUAUAUUUGAGAAAGUUUACUUACAGGUUUCCAGUAUGACUCUGGAUAGAAGCAGAAGCCCACCACGAGCCAAGAGGCUUUGUAGCAGUGACCGUGCUUCUUACCGAGACACACCUUACCCAAGGCAUCGUCGAGUUCACCGGCAAGAUUAUCUGUGCAAUAAAUGUAAGAGACCAGGGCAUUUUGCCAGAGAUUGCCCAAAUGUGACUGUAUGCAACAACUGUGGCCUUCCUGGCCACAUAGCUGCUGAGUGUAACUUAACAACCAUUUGUUGGAACUGUAAAGAGUCUGGACAUCUUGCAAGCCAAUGUCCUAAUGAUCUAGUGUGCCAUAUGUGUGGCAAAAUGGGUCACUUGGCUCGGGAUUGCUUAUGCCCAGGUCUACCUGCUCAUGAUGCGAGACUCUGCAACAACUACUACAAGCCAGGCCACAUUGCUACGGACUGCACCAAUAAGAAAGCUUGCAACAUAUUCAGGUAG